AUGUGUAUUGCGGGAAUCCGCAUUGAAUUGCGCUCGGGCUUGAUUAUUGCUGGAGGCCCUACUACUUUCGAUGAACUCUCUCAACGUGCUACUGGAAGCAGGGCAAACCUGAUUGAACGGCACGCAUAUGCUAAUGUCGCAGAUAGAAGUCGGAGACCUCCUAAAGGUAGCAAAGACAAAGGGAAGAAAGAAGGCUUAUCCGGGCUCUGGGGCAUCCCUUUCCUCUUCUUUCUUUUGCUGCUGAUCUCACAUCGAGAGCAGCUCCUUCUUGUUCAGGGUCAUCAGAUGAGAGAUCUUCCUCCGACUCCGAGAAAUCGGUCAAGCGGGAGGCUACCCUCGACUCACCUCUCUAUCUAAAAAUCCCUCCCCAGAGGAGAGCAGAAGCUCCAGGAUGAGUAUGUCCUGGAUUCCCGGAUUCAUUCUCGUCCUGAUCCACCAUGGAAUUUUCGGAAUCUACAAAAACAUUCUAGGAGAGGGCUCGUAAUGAUCUUCUCAAAGAUCAAAAGGUGCUGAAGUGGCAGGAUAGGAGGGGAUCUUUAGGUUUUUGUGAAAGGGAUGCUCUUAGCAUGUUAUUGCUGAAAAGAAAACCCAAAUUCCUCUAUUUGAUGUCGAUUCAUCCACACUUCCAUUCUUUGUAGAGGAAGGCUAACUGCUUGCUGGCUGGGAGCUGUAUGAGCGGUAACGUCCACGUACGGUUCCGUGAGAAGGGCGGUGGACAGAAAUGGCCUUGUUGUACCUCACUCUCGUCUUCAAUGGGGUCUGCUCUUUUUUUUUUGGGAGAGUAUGCCAAUAUGAUCUUAAUGAGGUGCGGGGCUUUGCAUCUGACAUUCGUUGGGCUUCCCUCUUCGGGAGCCUGCGUCCCGGCGUUUUUGUGCAAUAAACCCUUCCGGCUGAAGACUAGUGGUAGGUGGUCACGCGGAGCUUUCGGAGAAGGGUAGCCUAGUGUGUAAGCACAGCAAUGAACCGCGGCGAA